AUGCCAAUUGUCUUGAGAUUUGUUGACAAAGAUGGUUAUGUGCAAGAGCAUUUUUUUGGACUUAUUCAUGUUAAAGACACUGUUGCAUCAACAUUGAAAGAGGGUAUCUUUUCUGUCCUACCUCGUCAUACACUUGACAUUCAAAAUAUUCGAGGGCAAGGUUAUAAUGGUGCAAGUAACAUGUGUGGUGAAUGGAAUGGAUUGCAAGCUUUAAUUUUAAGUGAAUGUCCUUAUCCUUACUAUAUUCAUUGUUUUGCACAUCGUUUGCAAUUGACACUAGUUGCUACGUUGAAAGCAGUUAUCCGUGUCUAUCAUGUUUUUACCAAGUUAAGCUCUAUUAUCAAUGUUGUUGGUGCCUUGUGUAAGAGUAAUGACCAAUUAAAAGCAACUCAUGCAUCAAAUAUUGCUCAUUUACUUAAUAUUAAUGAGCUUGAAACUGGGAAAGGACUUAAUCAAAUUGGUUCUUUACAAAAGGUAGGUGAUACAUGUUGGAGUUCUCAUUUGAAAUCUAUAUCUAGUUUGAUAAAGAUAUUUAGUGCAACAUGUGAAGUUUUAUUGAAUAUCAUUGAGGAUGGAAAUGCACUCGCUCAACGUGGAGAUGUUGAUGCAGCUUAUGAGAUGUUAACUUCUUUUGAAUUUGUGUUUAUUUUGCAUCUUAUGAGGAAGAUUUUGGAGAUUUCUAAUCUACUUUGUCAAGCUUUUCAACUUCAAUCUCAAGAUAUUUUGAAUGCAAUGCAUCUUGUUUCAUCUACUAAGUUGCUUAUUCGGAAUUUGAGAGAUGAUGGAUGGGAUGAAUUGGUUGUAAAUGUGAAAUCUUUCUGUCAAACAGUUAGUAUACCUAUGCCGGAUUUCAAUGCUUAA